GUACUUCCUCUCUUCAUAAGAUGCUUCCUCUCUUCAUCAAGUACUUCCUCUCUUCUUCAAAGUACUUCCUCUCUUCAUCAAGAUGCUUCCUCUCU